GGGGUAAUAUCGUCUUUUCGCAUACUUUCACUCUGUCUCUUCUUCUUGCUUCGGAACAUUAGGUUGGAGUAGCUGUUUCGAGCCCUAGCCGUUGGCUGUAUAAUCUUAUCGUGCUGCAUCACUAGACUCCACUAAUGGUGGCAGAAAGCAAAUCCAAUACUACCACCGCCGCGAACCCGUCCCAUAACAAGAAGAAGAGGCCACGCUAUCUCCCCCACAACAAACCUGUAAAGAAAGGGUUGUAUCCAUUGCGGCCAGGAGUUCAGGGAUUCUUCAUCACCUGCGAUGGAGGGAGGGAACGCCAGGCUUCUCAUGAAGCUAUCAAUGUUAUUGAUUCUUUCUACGAAGAGCUAGUCCAAGGAAAGGAUUCAAGUGCUAAUCUUGGAGCAUUAGCAAACAUACCGUUGAAUACAAAAACUAAAUUUACAUAUUCUGAUUCUUCUGGUAGUGAUGAUGAUGAUUGUGGUGAGUCAGGUGACGAGGGGGAGAAGAAAGAAGUGCAGGAGGCAGAGAAGAAAUUAGAUUCUCAUAUAGAAGGUGAUGCAAAUAAUAAAAGUUCAACAAAUGAAAAGUCUGAUCCAUGUAAAGGGGAUGAUGAACGCCAUGAAAUUGAGAGGGAGGAAAUGACAAACAAUAAUAAAGAGGAAUUAAAAUAUGAUGAGCAUCAAGCUAAGGAAGCUGAGGAGCCACCAGCAAAGAAACAAUGCCAUGAAACAGCCACAUCGAAAUCUGGAAAUUUUGGCUGUGAUAAAGUGGAGAAGUCCAUUGAUAAAUUAAUUGAGGCUGAAAUUGAAGAGUUGGGAGAUAGAAACAAGAGGCGUUUCUCCAGCCUUGAUUCAGGUUGUAAUGGAGUUGUCUUUGUUCAAAUGCGUAAGAGAGAUGGAGAUCCAAGCCCCAAAGACAUUGUGCAGCACAUGAUGACAUCUGCUGCCUCAACAAGGAAGCAAAUGUCAAGGUUCAUCUUAAGAGUGUUGCCAGUUGAAGUGACGUGCUAUUGUUCAGAAGAGGACAUUACAAGAGCAAUAAAACCAAUUAUUGCUGGAUACUUUCCAGUGGAAGUUCAAACUCCACAAAAGUUUGCAGUGUUGUAUGAUGCUCGCGCAAAUACUGGUAUUGAGAGAAUGAAAAUCAUAAAUGCUGUAGCAAAAUCUGUUCCUGGACCUCACAAAGUCGAUCUUAAUAAUCCGGACAAGACUAUUGUGGUGCAGAUUGUCAAGACCGUGUGCUUGAUUGGAGUCGUCGAGAAGUACAAGGAGUUGGCCAAGUACAACUUGAGGCAGCUCACAUCACCCCAACAGUAGUAGUUUGUUUUAGCAUGGAAUUUUUGUAGGUUCUCAGAGUAUUAGAAUAAUUUAUAGGGGUUUAAAUGAAUGAGAAUGACAAAUACAAAAUAAUGGAUGUUAUUUGAGAAAAUGCAAGUCUAAAUCUUCCUUUUCUCAUUUUUAUUUGAUACUGGUGAGAAUUGUUGAGACUACUUUGUAAAA